AUGGAGAAAACGAGGCUGGUGUACCAGCUUGAUACUCCAUUCUCCAGCGUGCAAUGCCUCCUGUCUCCGAUAGGCCAGCAUCGCAGUUCAUACAUUCACCCGUCCAAAGGCAAAAAGGCCAAGGUCCGGAAGAGGAAGCGCGAUGAGCCAAACAAGAUCCAAGCCCAAGUUCUAGUACCGCCACCGCCGGCUGUGGCAGCCUCGGUGGACGUGGGCUUGACCGACAUCACCAGAAAUCUUGAAGUGUCUUCUCCGACGACCCAGACUGGAGCAGGCGACCAUGAUGGUCACGACCAGGGCUCCCCCUACUCGAUCGUCUUUGUAGUCAGGUCAGGCCCACCUUCAACAUUCUUCAGCCAUCUCCCCCAAAUGGUCGCCGUGGCAUCCCGCCAACUAAAGGAACCCAUUCGCCUCGUUGGAUUCUCAAAGUCCUGCGAAGAGAAAAUGAGCACGUGUCUUGGCAUCCCCAGGGUUUCGAGUGUUGCUUUACGUGCCGGCGAUAGUGGUCAGUUGAAAGCACUGGUAGACUUCGUCCGCCAGCAGGUGCCUCCAGUUGAGGCUCCAUGGCUAGAAGAUGGUGGCAAGGAUGUUUUCCGUGAGACCAAGAUCAAUACGAUUCAGGCCCCCAUAGGGACGAAACGUCAGAAGAAGGGAUAA